CUUGUUUUUCCCUGAUUCCUUCCCAGAACACAAUUCUUUACCAAAUAUUUGUAGUCAAGCCGCCAAAGUGGAGAGUGUUGUUGCACCAGGGGUUCCUUCUCAUUUCAGAGUAGGGGGAGCAGGUGGGGGUGCACCUCAGCACUUUCCCAAGGCUGAAAGCAACAGCGAGUUCCUGGGGAAGGCCCCAGGUUCUGCCGCUCAGAGAUGGAUACCUUCUCGAAGCACUAGACGGGAAGCCAGCUUCUCUGCUGAGAAAGGCCAACACGAUGCAAUCUUCCGAAAAGUGAGAGGCAUACUUAAUAAGCUGACACCUGAGAAGUUUGACAAACUGUGCCUGGAGCUCCUCAAUGUGGGUGUGGAUUCAAAGCAUGUCCUGAAAGGAAUCAUCUUGUUGAUUGUUGACAAAGCCCUUGAAGAGCCCAAGUACAGUCAGUUGUAUGCUCAGCUAUGUCUACGCUUGGCAGAAGACGCACCAAACUUUGAAGAUCCAGCAACAGAAAAUCCCGGAACAAAAAAGCAAAAUACCACCUUCAGAAGGCUUCUCAUAUCCAAGCUUCAAGAUGAAUUUGAAAAUCGCGCCAGAAAUGUUGAGGUCUUUGACAAACAAGACUGCCCUCUCACCUCUGAAGAGGAGGAACAGCGUGCUGUUGCAAAGAUUAAAAUGCUUGGCAACAUCAAAUUCAUUGGAGAACUUGGGAAACUCCACCUUAUCCAUGAAUCCAUCCUCCAUAAAUGCAUCAAAACUCUUCUGGAAAAGAAGAAGAGAGUCCAAAUUAAGGAUAUGGGAGAAGACCUGGAAUGCCUCUGUCAGAUAAUGAGGACGGUGGGACCCAAACUUGAUCACGAGAAGGCUCGGUCCCUGAUGAAUCAGUACUUUGACCGCAUGCAGGCCUUGACAAACAACAAGGAAUUACCUGCAAGGAUUCGCUUCCUGUUGCAGAAUACAACGGAGCUGCGGCAGAACAACUGGGUGCCUCGGAAAGCGUAUUUUGACAACGGACCAAAGACCAUCGGCCAAGUUCGCCAGGAUGCCGUAAAGGACUUGGGUGUGUUCAUUCCACCUCAGUCUGACUGCUUGAGGGCUGACUUUUUCAUGGACAAUACCUUCCUGGAUAGCGCUUUCCUACAGGCCAGGGUCAGAUUUGACAAAGAAGGGCUCGGGGGCCUCGCUGACAUGUUUGGACAAAUGCCCGGGAUUGGUAUCGGAACGGGUCCUGGAGUUAUUCAAGACCACUACUCUCCGACUUUGGGUCGCCACCGCUCUAACCCAAUUUUCAAUGGCCAUAUUGGGAUUAACAGCAACAACUCGCAUCAGCCCCAGUUCGACACAGGGAGCAAGCCUUUUAUCAAGCCAAUGCAGGGUCAGAGUUCACCGGUUUUCAGCCAUAAACAGAAUGGCUCGGUUCAGAUGCAGUCUAAGGAUAUCGGCCCGCGCUUUAGCAAGAAAGGGAUACUCAAUGUUGAUGAGAUCAGCCUGAGGCCAGCACAGUCAUUCAUCUUAAACAAAAAAGUGCCAAAGCUGCAGCCACAGAUGACUAUGAUGCCGCCAAGUGCCCAAGGUUCCCUAAUAGGACAGUCCCCACAGCUUGGUCUUAAAAGCAACCCUCCACCAAUUCAGGAAAAACCUGCAAAGUCCAGCAAAAAACUACCUCCGACUAAGGAAGAGCUGCACAAAAUGACGGAGGCGCUGGUUGCAGACUAUAUGAACAGCAAGAACGUUUGCGAGGCUGUGGCCGCUGUCAAGGAGAUGAAGGCUCCAAAACACUUCUUAUCUGAGAUGUUAAACAAGAUUGUGGUGUCUUCGCUCAGUCGCUCCGACGAUGAUAAGGAGCUUGCGAGCACCCUGAUUCACGAACUCUGUACAGAGGGCCUUGUCACAAGGGAGAACCUUCUGCAGGCCAUUCUUGGUGUCCUGGACCAGUGUCCCAAGAUUGAGGAAGAAGUCCCAUUGGUGAAAUCGUACCUGGCUCAGUUUGCGGCCCGGGCGGCCGUCGUUGACCUCAUCAGCAUGACUGAUUUGGCUCACCAGCUGGAGAACGGUGCCCAUUUCCCGCUCUUCCUGCUCUGUCUGCAACAGAUGGUCAAGCUCAAGGAUUGCGAGUGGCUUGCCGAUGUUUUCCAGAAGAGCAAAGUCAACAUGCAGAAGAUGCUACCUGAAAUGGACCAGAACAAGGACCGCAUGUUGGAGAUUCUGGAGGGCAAAGGCCUGAGCUUUUUGUUCCCACUGAUGAAGCUGGAGAAGGAGCUUCUGAAGCAAAUCAAAGUGGACCCCUCUCCGCAGUCCAUCUACAAGUGGAUUAAAGAUAACAUCUCUCCCAAACUGCACACCGACAAAGGCUUUGUCAACAUCCUCACCACCAGUUUUUUGCAGUACAUUGCCUAUGAGAUCAACCCAGAUGACGACGAAGAGCAGCUGGCAGCGCCUAGCAAAGAGCAGCUCGAUGAGGAGAAGCAGCUGCUGCUUUCUUUCAAGCCCGUCAUGCAGAAGUUCUUGCACGAUCACGCUGACUUGCAAGUCAGCGCACUCUAUGCGCUGCAGGUCCACUGUAACGCUAAACAAUUCCCCAAAGGCAUGCUGCUGCGCUUCUUUGCCUAUUUUUAUGACAUGGAAAUCAUUGAAGAAGAAGCCUUCCUAACAUGGAAAGAAGACGUCACCCAAGAGUAUCCGGGAAAAGGAAAAGCCUUGUUUCACGUGAACCAGUGGCUCACCUGGCUGGAAACUGCUGAAGAUGAGGAGUCAGAGGAUGAAGAUUACUAAAAUCCCCUCCUGCCCGCAGUGUUGGAAUUUGAGUCCUCUUUUUACUACUUUGCCUCAGUCAGCAACAACGCUACUGUUACUAAUAGACUACAGCCAGCGUCAACAUGUAAUGGUUCUAUUUAAAGACGUAAUUUGUCCCAAGUAUAUUUUGGAAUUGAUUUACAUUUAGGAUAACAGGAAGUGUUUUGCCGAACAUACACACGGUUUCAUAAUCAGGUUGCAGUCAUCAUGUGCUGCUGUUUACAAAUGAGAACAUACAUUAUCAAGAGGCUCAUUUUUAUCUGUUUUUAGAUGCACUUUGCUGCACAUCACGAGUUGUUGCAAUAGUAUCAUACAUGUUCUUAAUUUUGAUAUUAAGAACAAUCCUAAAUUGCAGAUUUUUGUGUUUGACAGCUGUGGAAGCUCUUCUGAUCAUUUUGUUUUCUUGUGUUGAAUUUGACACCAGGCUGCCAUUUCGUAUGUUUGGCAUACGGCACAAGUAACGAAUGACGAGAGCGCCAAUAAGUUGCCAUUUAUGUUUUUGUUUUUUUCCUCUAAGCAAUGAAUUCAUUUUGCUUCUAGGGUUUCUAAUGCUUUCAAAAUAGCUUGAUGGGUAGUUUUUUUUUUUUUUUUAAUAAAUCAUGUAUUUUGGAGUGUGGAUAUUAAUGUGCUGUAAAAUAAAUCUGUGUUGCCUUUUUUAAUUUAUCACUUUUUAUAAAUAUACCUCUGUAUCUGACUAUACUUGAAAGUGUUUUAUCAUCGAGACAGCCAAAGUUUAGUUUCCAGUUUGCCAUAUAGUCGGGGUUUUUAAGUGGUCUCUUUAAUCUUCUUGCAUGUGACCACCUGCGCUUUCUUUUGGGUAAGUAACGGUUGAGUGGGCAUCUGCAGAUCAUCCUUGAAUAAAAUACAUUUCAUGGUCGCUGGUUUGUGUGUUGCUUGGACAGCCAAUUCAGUGGUGCCUUGUGCAGUGUAACUCAUCUUAAUUCCUGUUAUCAAAAUUGAUUAUAUACUGGUGCUGAAAAUGGAUUUUGGAAACGGCUACAAUAAAAGAUCAGCAUUUCAA